AUGUGGUGCGACCGAAUCCCUCUGCUCAUCCCUCUGCUCUUCCUUCUGCUCUUCCCUCACGGCACCUCCUCACACGCUCCUGGCCUCUCCCAGCCCGCUCCAGACCCACCUCAGCGCCCCUCUCCUCCCAUCACAGCCACUCCAGCGCCAGUCAUACAAGAGGAAGGCCUCACCAAAGAAAUACGCGACGAGAUCUCAUCCCUGCGGGAGACCACCAAAGCGGACAUUAAAACUGUUCACGACAAGCUAAUGGGAAAAGUCGAGAGCCUGUUUUCAAUGCAAAAAGAGGCGGCUGUCACACAGUCGGACAUGGAGCAAUCCCUCAGCGACACUUCUGACAGGCUCACGGCUCUGGAAAACUCCUACCAGACUCUGGCUGCUGACCAGAAGAAACUUGAGGAGAAGUGCAUUGACUUGGAGAACAGGAGCCGCCGCCAAAACAUCAGGAUCUUAAAUAUUCCCGAAAGGGCCGAAAACAACAUGCCAACCAUAUUUAUAGCCACAUUUCUGUCUAAAGUGCUUGGUGAAGAAAACUUUGACGGUCCCAUCCUUGUUGAUUGUGCCCACAGAAGUCUCGCUCCAAAACCACGUUCUGGCGAGCGACCCCGACCCAUGAUUGCCCGUCUUCACUACUAUUCGGAUAAAUAA